UGUUCCUCCGCUGUACAACCAUUUGCUAGCGUUUUGUACUGCAUUGUUGGGGGGUGAAAUGCAUGGCUUUAAAACAGCAUAUUAGAUUUAUGAUAUGCAUUUUAUAAUCGAUUAUUUGAACAUGGCCAAUUACCACAUGCAUUACGAGUCUACAGAUGUUUCCUUGAAAUGGCGAUGCUCGGAUCUAGUUUCUUCCAAAAACGAGUUCCACCCUACUCGCCAUUUUAUGUUUUAUAGCUGCUUUGUUGGAACGAGGAAACCAGCUACAACCUGAAAAUAGCGCGAAAAUUUUCCAUGAAACGUAGUAAUAGUAACAACGUCAUCAUUUUUUAAUUUUAUUUAGUUCCAUACUUACUAUUACAUUAGCACACAUUUUUUAAUUUUGUGCUUUAUGGAGUAGGAAGCCCACAGAUUAGACAAGCUAACCGGUCCUUGCUUCUGAGACAACGUGUUAGCUCUCUGCAAACGAGGAAGGCGAAAGUCGGCUGUAAUUUUUCCCUGAUAUCUAUUAUCUACCAGAAGACACAUUGACGACCACCGUGCAAGACACGAAAACUGAGGAGAUGGCGAGCUCGGUGGGAAAUGUGGCUGACAGCACAGGGUUGGCUGAGCUGGCGCACCGGGAGUAUCAAUCCGGGGAUUUUGAGGCAGCUGAGCGCCACUGCAUGCAGCUGUGGAGACAGGAGCCUGAUAACACAGGCGUGUUGCUGCUCCUAUCAUCCAUCCACUUCCAGUGCAGAAGACUUGACAGGUCUGCUCAUUUUAGCACCUUGGCCAUCAAACAGAACCCAAUGCUUGCAGAGGCCUACUCAAAUCUGGGGAAUGUGUACAAGGAGCGCGGACAGCUGCAGGAGGCUAUAGAGCAUUAUCGCCAUGCUCUGAGACUGAAGCCAGACUUUAUUGAUGGAUACAUCAACCUGGCAGCAGCUCUGGUGGCUGCAGGAGACAUGGAGGGAGCAGUGCAGGCCUACGUGUCUGCUCUCCAGUAUAACCCGGAUCUAUAUUGUGUGCGUAGUGACCUUGGCAAUUUGCUUAAAGCCCUCGGGCGUUUGGAAGAGGCUAAGCCAGCCGUGACCACCACUCUGACAAAGUCCAAAAAUAUGGCUUGUUACCUGAAAGCCAUUGAGACUCAGCCCAACUUUGCAGUGGCUUGGAGCAACUUAGGUUGUGUAUUCAAUGCCCAGGGAGAAAUAUGGCUUGCCAUACACCAUUUUGAAAAGGCAGUGACUCUGGAUCCAAAUUUUCUCGACGCAUACAUCAACUUGGGCAACGUUUUGAAAGAGGCCCGCAUCUUUGACAGAGCUGUGGCUGGAUACUUGAGAGCCUUGAGUCUCAGCCCCAACCAUGCAGUUGUCCAUGGAAACCUGGCCUGCGUCUACUAUGAGCAGGGUCUCAUUGACCUGGCCAUUGACACCUACCGCCGUGCGAUUGAAUUGCAGCCCCACUUUCCUGAUGCAUAUUGCAAUUUGGCAAAUGCCCUAAAGGAGAAAGGCAAUGUGUCGGAGGCAGAAGAGUGCUACAACACAGCUUUGCGUUUGUGCCCGACUCAUGCUGACUCCCUUAACAACUUGGCCAAUAUAAAGCGUGAGCAGGGCAACAUUGAGGAGGCAGUUCAGCUCUACAGAAAAGCCUUGGAGGUGUUCCCAGAGUUUGCAGCUGCUCACUCUAACCUGGCCAGUGUCCUACAGCAACAGGGGAAGCUGCAAGAAGCCCUCAUGCAUUACAAGGAGGCUAUAAGAAUCAGCCCCACCUUUGCUGAUGCUUAUUCCAACAUGGGCAAUACACUGAAGGAGAUGCAGGAUGUACAGGGAGCGCUGCAGUGCUACACCCGUGCCAUCCAGAUAAACCCAGCUUUCGCUGAUGCGCACAGCAAUUUGGCCUCAAUUCACAAGGAUUCUGGAAACAUCCCAGAAGCCAUUGCCUCUUAUCGUACAGCCCUGAAACUCAAGCCAGACUUCCCUGAUGCUUAUUGCAACUUGGCACAUUGCUUACAGAUUGUGUGUGAUUGGACAGAUUAUGAUGAGCGGAUGAAAAAACUAGUGAGCAUUGUGGCUGACCAGCUGGAAAAGAACCGCUUGCCCUCAGUUCACCCACACCACAGCAUGCUGUAUCCACUGUCCCACAAUUUCCGCAAAGCCAUCGCUGAACGCCAUGGGAACCUAUGCCUGGACAAGAUUAAUGCACUGCAUAAACCUGCUUUUGAGCACCCCAAGGAUCUGAAGGCCAGUAGUGGGCGACUGCGUAUUGGCUACGUCAGCUCUGACUUUGGGAACCACCCAACUUCCCACCUGAUGCAGUCCAUUCCUGGAAUGCACAAUCCUGAGAAAUUUGAGGUGUUCUGCUAUGCCCUCAGCCCUGAUGACAGCACUAACUUCCGUGUGAAAGUGGUAGCAGAAGCUCAUCAUUUCACAGACCUCUCUCAGAUCCCUUGCAAUGGCAAAGCUGCUGAUCGAAUUUACCAAGAUGGAGUCCACAUUCUAGUUAACAUGAACGGGUACACUAAGGGAGCCCGAAACGAGCUGUUUGCUCUUCGUCCGGCUCCCAUUCAGGCUAUGUGGCUUGGUUACCCUGGAACCAGUGGUGCUCCCUUCAUGGAUUAUAUAAUUAGUGACAAGGAAACAUCGCCUGUGGAUGUUGCUGAACAGUACUCUGAGAAGCUCGCCUACAUGCCCCAUACUUUCUUCAUUGGAGAUCAUGCUAACAUGUUCCCUCACCUCAAGAAAAAGGCAGUGAUCGAUUUCAAGUCAAAUGGACACAUCUUUGACAACCGCAUAGUUCUUAACGGGAUUGAUCUGAAAGCCUUCUUGGACAGUUUGCCAGAUGUCAAAGUUAUUAAGAUGAAAUGUGACAACAACCAAGAAGCUGCUGGGGACACAAAUGGAGCUCUGUCUAUGCCCGUUAUCCCCAUGAACACAGCAGCUGAGGCGAUCAUCAACAUGAUAAAUCAGGGCCAAAUCCAGGUCACAAUCAACAGCUUCACAGUCAGCAAUGGUCUGGCCACAACACAGAUCAAUAACAAAGCUGCAACUGGGGAGGAAGUACCACGGACUAUCGUGGUUACAACCCGCUCCCAGUAUGGUCUCCCAGAGGACUCCAUCGUCUACUGCAACUUCAACCAGCUCUACAAGAUUGACCCCCCCACCCUUCAAAUGUGGGCCAAUAUCCUGAAACGUGUGCCCAACAGUGUGUUGUGGCUUCUUCGUUUCCCGGCGGUUGGUGAACCCAACAUACAGCAAUACGCUCAGAACCUGGGUCUGCUUGCCUCUCGCAUCAUUUUCUCUCCAGUCGCUCCCAAGGAAGAGCAUGUGAGAAGAGGCCAGCUGGCUGAUGUGUGCCUCGACACUCCUCUGUGCAACGGUCACACUACAGGCAUGGAUGUUCUCUGGGCUGGAACUCCCAUGGUAACCAUGCCUGGAGAGACGCUGGCUUCCCGGGUGGCUGCUUCACAACUAAGGUGUUUGGGCUGUCCUGAGCUUAUUGCCCAAAGUCGCCAGGACUAUGAGGACAUUGCAGUAAAACUGGGCUCUGACAUGGAAUACCUGAAGCUGAUCAGAGCACGUGUUUGGAAACAGAGAAUCUGCAGCCCACUUUUCAACACCAAACAGUACACAAUUGACCUGGAAAGGCUCUAUCUGCAAAUGUGGGAGCACCACAGCAAUGGCGGCAAGCCAGACCACCUGGUCAAAUUCCAAACAGUAGAGAUCAGUGAGAACGCCUGAACUGACAGCGCACCUCCUCUUGAGUGCAUCAAAGCUGUUUUUAACCAUUAUCAACAACCUAGUUUGAAUGGUCAGUUUCCACUCCAUUUCCCUGUCAUUUACUCCUAAUGGGACUCUCACCAGGAGCCUACACAUUCAUAUUUGUCACCCAUAAAAUAAUUUGUUGAAUCAUCUGCAUCACCUGAGCCAGAUUGAGCCUGACACUUUCAGGUGCCUUGUCUGAGACUCUUGUCUUUAAACAUUCUAUAUGUCUUUGAGCAUGAGAGGAUUGUGAAUGCCCUGCGACCCCAUCAGUACUUGGCACAGUGGACUACUUCAUUCUUUAAGUGUGUGGACAGAACUAACUUCAGCUCAUGGAAAGAAUACCCAGCCAUCAUUACUUGUUGAUCUAUUUAUAAAUGGAUUAAGAGUGUUGUGCAUUUUAAAAUGAGUGUUGCACCAUUAAAGUUAUAACUGGCUCAAGUGUCAUCAGCUUUAACAUGCAAUUGUGAACCAUAAAUUGCAUCGGAUCUUAAGUUUCUCUUGCGCUGUCCUUGAAUGGCUGCAACAAAUAGAUGUAUACGUUUUGACAAACUAGUCUGAAUUCUUCCCCUCAACAAAUGCCAACUUUUAAUUUUGUCAGUCAGAGAAUAUGUUCUGUAGGUACUGUCCUUUUUGCUGUUUGCGGUUGUAUAUAUGGCGGGACAUUUAACAAGAAAAUUAAGUCCAUUAAGAGGAGCUGAAAUUGCAGUUUUGUCAGAGCUGGUCUUUUUGUUUAUUUUUUUCCUUUUGUUUUAAAUGAAACCGGGAACGUACUAGGUAAGUAUUUUCUGAGCUGUUUUUUUAAUUGUCUGUUAACUUUAUGCUGUUGGUGAUGCUCCGAGUCUCUAUCUAUAAUAAAAAAUAGAGAUUGCACAAGUCA